UUUUUUUUUUUUUCCCCUUAUUUUCCAUCUACCAAGCAGAGACGCCGUUCUUCCCCAAUUUACAAGUCAAUCCGUAUCCCCAUCGCUGCCACCAUUGAUAAAUUCUCUCUCAUCAUGUAAACGAGAAAAAACCCGAAGACGACCGACGCCCGAAAAUCCUCGUAAAGGCAACUCCUUUCGAUCUUCAAUCAAAUUCCCCUCUUAAAUAAUCUCCUCUCGAGAUGUUGGAGAAGAUCGGGUUACCACCCAAGCCUGCCAUGAGAGGGAGCAACUGGGUGGUCGAUGCCUCGCAUUGCCAGGGCUGUUCCUCUCAGUUUACUUUCAUCAAUCGCAAGCAUCACUGCCGUAGGUGUGGGGGCUUGUUUUGCAACAGCUGUACCCAGCAAAGAAUGCUCUUACGCGGACAAGGUGAUUCACCAGUACGUAUUUGUGAACCCUGUAAAAAACUUGAAGAGGCAGCACGUUUUGAAAUGCGACAUGGACACAAGAGCAGAGCUGGAAGAGGUGGCUCAAAACUGACAUCUACAAAUGAGGAUGACAUAAUAAACCAGAUUCUGGGUAGUGACAAAAAGGUUUCGGCCUCUUCAAGAGAGUUGUCCACCACUAACGUGGAUUCCAGACUCCAAAGGGAUAGCACUAGUGCAUCAUGUUCAAACAUUCAACAAGUCACCACUAUCGAUGAGGAAGAAGAAACACCUGGAAAUCUUUCUGUUGAGGAGUUCAGUCCUGAAGAAUUGCAUCAACAAGCGCUGGAUGAAAAAAAGAAGUAUAAACUUCUGAAAGGGGAAGGAAAGUCUGAAGAAGCCUUAAGAGCCUUUAAAAAGGGGAAAGAACUUGAGCGGCAGGCUGCAGCUUUGGAAUUAUUGUUAAGGAAAAAUCGCAAAAGAGCUUUGUCUUUAAGCAGCACAACUGAAAUCCUGGAAAUCAACGAGGAGAGCUCGAAUUCUGGCAGAAAAAGCAAAAUAUCUCCCGAAAAAAGUAAAGGAAAAGACGACCUUGCUUCUGAACUCAUCGAAUUGGGGUGGUCUGAUAUGGAUCUUCAUGAUUCAGAUAAGAAACCAGCAACCAUGAGUUUGGAAGGUGAACUUUCUACUCUUAUUAGAGAAGUCUCUCAAAAAAGUAAUACGGAAACUGGAAGUCGUGGAAUAGACAAGUCCCAGGUCCUCGCUAUGAAAAAAAAGGCUCUCUUGUUGAAGCGUGAAGGGAAACUUGGUGAAGCAAAAGAAGAGUUAAAGAAAGCUAAAGUUCUUGAAAAGAAACUUGAGGAAGAGGAAUUCUUGGCUGAGGCUGAAGAUUCUGAUGACGAGCUUUCUGCUUUGAUUCGUAGUAUGGACAGUGAUAAACAAGAUACCUUUUCUGUUGCCUAUAAAGAAGAUGCUGGUUUUGAUUUGGGUCAGUUGUUGCGUAACCCCGAUGAUCUGGGUGUUGAUAGCAAUUUCGAGGUGUCUGAUGAAGAUUUGUAUGACCCGGAAAUGGAUGCUGCUUUAAAGUCAUUAGGUUGGACUGAUGAUGCCAAUUAUUUUGAGGAUAAGGAGCCCCAAUUUGUCCCUAUAGAUAAGGAAUCGUUGUCAAAUGAAAUUCAGUCUUUGAAAAGGGAAGCUCUUAAUCAGAAAAGGGCAGGUAAUAAUGGGGAGGCACUGGAGCUGCUAAGGAAGGCAAAAGUACUUGAAAAGGACCAUGACAACUAUGUUACCAAGGGAAAUGAUUUAGUGCCCCAUAAUGCUGCAAUAGUUGAGAAGGGUUCAGCUGUUCAAUCAGCUGAAAAAGUGUCAAAGCCAAAAUUGGCACCAAAAAGUAGGCUAACGAUCCAGAAAGAGCUUCUCGCCUUGAAAAAGAGGGCUCUUGCUUUGAGAAGAGAAGGUAAAUUGGAUGAGGCAGAUGAAGAAUUGAACAAAGGCAAGGUUCUCGAGCAGCAGCUUGAAGAGAUGGAUAAUGUGUCAAACAUGAAGGCCCCACAGGUGGAUGUUAGUAAAAAAAAUGCUGAUAAUAUUGCGGAUCUGGAUGAUGGAGAUGUUGGAGAAGGAGAUGUGACAGAUCAGGACAUGACUGAUCCAACAUAUCUUUCACUUUUAAGUAACUUGGGUUGGAAUGAAGGAGAUGACAAUAAUGUUGGAAUUCCGCCCAAACGUGCUAAGCAAGCUGCUUCUAGUUCUAUUCAGAUUGGAGCAUCUAGAAGAAGUAAAGGUGAAAUCCAGAGGGAACUCUUAGGGUUGAAAAGAAAGGCACUUGCUUUUAGACGCCAAGGGGAUAGCGAUGGGGCAGAGGAAGUGCUGGAAAUGGCCAAAGCAUUAGAAGCCCAAUUGGAAGAAAUGGAAUUGCCAAAGAAAGUAGUGCAGUAUGAAAUUACUAACCCCAUAGAAAGUGAAACCAUAAGUUCUUCCCAUAACAGUACAGUUGGAGGAGAUGAAAUAUCAGAAACCGUGCUGGAAAAAUCUCCAGAACGAAUCGCUAGUAUUUCUGAUAAUCCAGCCACUGAAGAAAUGGGAAGCAAUGAAAAAAUUACGUAUGUGAACAGAGAAGAGCCUGUUCUAAGGAAUGAAAAGAAUGACCCAAGUUCUAUCCGGCAAGAAAUCUUGAUCCUCAAGAGGAAGGCAGUCGGGUUCAAGAGAGAGGGAAAAUUGGCGGAUGCUAGGGAGGAGCUUCGGAAGGCAAAGGUUUUGGAGAAAAGUUUGGUGGAUGAAAAUGUUUUAACUGUUACUAGUUCUAGUCAUGUUGCAAGCACAACCUCAAAUACAAGUAAAGAGCCCAGUUCGUCAAAUGUGGGUUCAAAACCAAUCUCUAGUCGGGAUCGUUUCAAAUUGCAACAGGAAUCCCUCAGCCACAAACGGCUUGCAAUGAAGUUGAGGAGAGAAGGUCGAAUGGAAGAAGCAGAAGCUGAGUUGGAAUUGGCUAAGGCGCUUGAAACCCAGUUGGAGGAUUUGGGUUCCAAUGAUUCAGUUAAAUCCUCAGUCAGUGGAGCAAACCCCGUUGUUGAUGAUGGUGGUGUAGAGGAUUUUCUUGAUCCUCAACUUUUGUCUGCUUUGAAAUUGAUAGGGUUUAAUGAUGCUAGUACUGUGAACCAAGGCCAUGAGGAGCCAAAGCCAGUAAAAUUUGUUGCCAUUAAGGGUGAAAACUCUGGACAGGAAAGAACGAAAUUGGAGGAACAGAUAAAAGUGGAAAAGGUGAAAGCACUAAACUUCAAACGUGCAGGAAAGCAAACUGAGGCCCUAGAUGCUCUUCGGCGGGCCAAAGCGCUUGAAAAGAAGAUGAAUUCUUUAGCGUCAUAGUGAUACAUUCAAGCGCUACUUUAGCAAAAGUCCAGGUGAGUUCAUUGGUUAUGAAUUCCUUGUUGGCAGAAAUAUUUUGAUUGGAAGUUCAAAAGGCGUGGAAGAAUUUAUCUUCAGGAGCUUGCAUAUUGAUUGAAAAUAUCAGUACUUGUACGUACUUUUCUUGGCCAAUAACAACACAAAAGUGUUUUUCUUGAAUUUUUGAUAUCUGAGACAUCAGAUUGAUGUGUAUGUUAGUAAGGAGCAGAUCAUGAUUAAAAGGACAAAUUGUUUGAGGCUUGAUCAUCUUGUUUCGUAUAUUUGGAUAAUUUUAUUAAUUUCAAGACAAAGCAUGUAUUUUCACAA